AUGGCUUCCAUUCUUGGAACAUUUUCCGUUCUCAAGGAUCAUCUCAAGUUGAAAUAUACCGAGGACAACGCGGUGAUCGACAAUAUUGUUUUUAGGCUUCACUAUCGUGCUACUUUUUUAAUACUUGUUAGUGGUUCCUUACUUGUAUCUGCACGGCAAUUUUUUGGCGAACAUAUUAAAUGUAUUAUUGACAAAGGAUCGCUACCGAGCAAUGUGGUGGAUACGUUUUGUUUUUUCACGUCGACGUACACUGUUUCUAAACACAUGAAUAAGACACUAGUCGAACUGGGACACAUACCUCACCCAGGUGUUGGACCAUUCACCAAAGACGAUGAAAUCACGCACCACGUUUAUUAUCAGUGGGUUCCGUUUGUGCUGUUUUUUCAAGCGCUGCUUUUUUAUAUUCCGCGUUAUCUUUGGAGAAACGCAGAAGGUGGUAGAAUGAAGGCAUUGGUCUCAGGUCUCCAUCUGGCGACUUUAGCCCUCCACGAGGAGAAAACACAGCUAGAAGGCGGAAGAACAAUACCCUCAAAACGGGACCGGGACGAGAAAAUCCAGCAAAUAAGAAACGCAUUUUUAAACCGGCUGCACAUAAACCGCCCCUGGGCGUACUACAUGAGUUUUUGCGAGUUAAUAAAUUUCACGAACGUACUCGUGCAAAUUUACAUAACGGAUGCAUUUCUGGGUGGCGCAUUCCUGGAUCUAGGUCUCACGACGACACAAUUCGAACACUCGCCGGGUGAUAAAAUGACACCGCUCGAUAUUGUAUUUCCCAAGGUAACAAAGUGUACAUUUCACAAAUACGGUCCCUCCGGAACGAUCCAGCAACACGACGCACUCUGCGUUAUGGCACUCAACAUCAUUAAUGAAAAAAUCUACAUUUUUCUAUGGUUUUGGUUCAUCAUAUUGGCUAUCGUCACGGGCCUUGGCCUCGUCUGGCGGAUGCUAACCAUGUUAUUACACUCAAGAAGCAUCGCGUUCAAUCGCUACAUAUUUUCCGUAGCCUGUCCCGGAAAGUACAACCCCUGGAAUGUUCUGAAACUAACCCACGAUUACUAUUACGGAGACUGGCUCUUCCUCUACUACCUUGCUAAAAAUUUGGACAAUUAUGUCUUCAAAGAACUCCUAGAAAAGUUGGCUUACGAUUUGGAAGAAAGAAAAGCUGAACGGUUAAGACAGUUGAAGAGUUUGUCGCCUGAAAAUGAACCUCUUAAACAGGCUUGA